UCAAAAGUUUAGUAGAGGUAGUUGCAUUCUUCUGCGAACCAUAGACUCAGAAAUCAGUUUUGAGAGGAAGCAUGCGAUGGAAUUAGCUGUCGGUAAUGCUGUUGCUUUGAGUUUAUAUAUUUAACUUGAAGACAAGUUGUUUGAUAAUCCAAGUAGAUAAAGAAAGAGCACAUCAUGGCAAGAUAAUGGUGGGAAAGUUCUUAUAGCAGGGAUUUUGAGGACUGUAUUGUUAAGUAAAGGACCUUAAGGUAAACCAGACAACCCUGCAAUCAAAAUCUUAUUUAAAUGUUUUGAAAUUAUAGUUGUUCUGCAAACGUCUGUUUAAUGGUAAUCUUUUCCUUACCUCUCUACAUAUCAAAUCAUUUGUCUGAAACCUGGAACCGAAGUUUAUGUACGGAAGUUAGAAAUCAUUCUCAGUAUAGAAAGUUGAGAGUUCUGAUUCCAGUGGUUUGAAGGAAGAUAAAUUACUGUGGCACAGAAUGUCUCCAAGCUUCUUACUGAGUGGACACUUGAAUAUUUGCAGAGUGGGUGAAGAAAUCAGACAGCUUGUCAGAGAGAAUGUUUUGCCGAACCAAAUAUGAUGGUAUUUUGGGAUGGUAUUACCUCUGGCAGAGGUGGAUUAAUGGGCAGGCUGUAAAUGAGACUGACAUAAUAGGAACUGGUUGUCGUGCCUACGCUGUAUGUGUUUCAGGAGGCUGACAUGCAUGUGGAUAAAUAUGCCAGCAAAUCUAAAAUCUGAAGCACUUGUGAUCAGCAGCUGGAAAUGGAAAGAGAUGACCUCUCCCCUCCACCAUCCAACACUUAAGCAAUGGGAACAGAAGGUCUAAAGGGCAGAGAAUGCGUCUUGCUGUGCUCGGCUCUGGCCCGUGGGUUGUUUUAAUGUUACGGUUUUUGGGAAAUGCAGUUGGCUUCCUAAAUUGCUCUCUUUGUGUAGGCAAGGCCUUGCAAUGCUGGGUAGGAAUUCAGUUUCUCAAGUGUUCACAGAGCUUUUUCAGGGCUGACAGUUAUUUAAUGCGAUCAUAUAAAACACAAUUUCUUGUGGUGUUUUUUUUGUUAGCUCUAUAGAGGCUUUGACAGAAGGCAGUUCUGAAGUGCCUUUGUACAUUUUCUAAAUGGCGUUAAAAAUGUUGUGGGGCACAUACUGCAAUUUGUCUGCUUAAAAUUACCUGACAGAAGUGAUGAUAAUACCUGAGCUCAAACAGUUCUCCGGGCCUCUGCUGCUGGGAGAGAGAAGAAAGGCUGAAAUUCUCCCUGGGUUUCCAGCAAGAAUUCCCGUCACGUCCCAGGGUGUCAGAGGUGUGUGUUCAAGGGGGGGAAAAGGAACUGAAUUAGUCUUUAGCAGGUGCCUGAUGGAGUUUAGCAAGCUAGAGUUAAUUUUAAUUCUGUUUGUAGGUCUGAUGCUGGCUCUACACUGCACCGAUAGCUCUUUUAAAGCAUUACAUGAAAUUUCCUGGAUUGAGACAGGCUUUAAAAGAGGAUGCAGACACACUUCUGAGAUACCAAGCCUGGGGGAGCACGUUGCAUCUGUCGGCAUUCAUUUCAGUUGGUGUUUUCUUUAGUUACUUUGCAGUGUGGAUAUUUCCUUAAACUUCAUUUAGAGAAAACAGUAUGCAUUGUCUGCAGUAAAUAAUUUUACAAUGUUCUGUAGAAAUACAUUGAGGACUGCUUGCAGUUUUUGCCUCCUUGUGCUGAAGUCACUUUAAACCCAUCACCCCAGCCUGCAGAGUCGUCAGGCAGAAAUCUUUCCAUGGAGGUAGAUGAGUUGUUCCUGCAUCGGUUUUGCUCGAGCGUACUGAACAGAGCCACGAAAUAACGGGUAGUAAUGAAACCUGUUGGAAUUUUAGAGGAGCAUCUUAGUCUCUUUGAUCUUGCUAACGAGCAAUGAUUCAAGUGCUACAGAUUGUAAAGGAUCUGGUGUCACCAGCAAGGCGGAGAACAGAUGCUGCUAAGAAAGGUGCAGAUGCUGAGCAGGAUGCUGCUAUCAAACUUGCCCAAGAACGAGCAGAGAUAGUUGCCAAGUAUGACAGAGGACGGGAAGGCGCACAGAUUGAACCAUGGGAAGAUGCUGAUUAUCGUCUUUACAAAGUCACGGAUAGAUUUGGGUUUCUACAUCCAGAGGAGCUUCCUGUCCAUGAUGCAGCGAUAGAAAAGCAAAAACACCUUGAAAUUGAAAGAACUACAAAAUGGCUUAAGAUGCUGAAAAGCUGGGAAAAAUACAAGAAUAGCGAAAAGUUUCAUAGGAGAAUUUAUAAAGGAAUCCCACUGCAGUUCAGAGGGCAAGUUUGGUCUUUACUGCUUGAUGUCCCGAAAAUGAAAGAAGAAAUGAAAGACUUUUAUAAUAAAUUGAAGUGUCAAGCACGAGGGUCUUCACCAGAUAUUAGGCAAAUUGAUCUGGAUGUAAAUCGAACAUAUAGAGAUCAUAUCAUGUUUCGGGACAGAUAUGGUGUUAAGCAACAGUCUUUAUUCCACGUUUUAGCUGCAUAUUCCAUAUAUAAUACGGAGGUCGGAUACUGUCAGGGAAUGAGCCAGAUCACAGCUUUACUCCUGAUGUACAUGAAUGAAGAAGAUGCCUUCUGGGCGUUGGUGAAACUUCUCUCUGGUCCAAAGCACGCUAUGCAUGGUUUUUUUAUUCCUGGGUUUCCAAAACUCUUGAGGUUUCAAGAACAUCAUGACAAAAUACUGAAAAAAUUUUUGUCCAGACUUAAGCAGCAUUUGGACUCGCAGGAUAUGACCACAAGCUUUUACACAACCAAGUGGUUUUUCCAGUGUUUCCUUGAUCGUACUCCCUUUACAUUAAGCCUCAGGAUCUGGGAUAUCUACAUACUUGAAGGAGAGCGGAUUCUCACUGCUAUGUCUUACACCAUCCUGAAACUACACAGAAAGCAUCUGAUGAAAUUACAAAUGGAAGAGCUUGUAGAAUUCCUGCAGGACUCUUUAGCCAAGGAUUUCUUCUAUGAAGAUGACUUUGUAAUAGACCAGCUCCAAAAUUCUAUAUCAGAAUUGAAACGAGCAAAGCUGGAUUUGCCAGUAGCUGGUAAAGAAGAUGAAUUUCCAAAGAAGCCACUGGGGCAGAUUCCAUCAGGACCUCAGCCUGCUGUGCUUAACUCUACUCCAAUGCUUAAUGGACAAAACAGCACUGGGACACAAGCAACAAGUAAGACAGAGAGGAGACCAUCCCAAGGAGAAGAGCUAGAAAGUUCACCGAAUAACCUAAAAAGAAUUAAUUCAGUGGAAAAGAAACCUUCCUUGAAACAGCAAAAGCCUCGACCAACAGAGACGCAAAGUAGUAUGCCUGCGAGUGAGGCAGAUACCAGAAGAAAGCCUCAGCCAACAGAGCAGGACAACUCGAGACAGUAUAAUAAUGCAGCUGCUAAUCAAAAUUCUAAUGCUACUUCGAAUACAAGAAGGGAAUUUGUACCUAAGUGGAAUAAACCGUCUGAUAUCAAAAUAAUUGAAAAGACAAUGAAACUUAGUGCAGAGGUGAAAGGAAGGCCAAUAAACCAUUCGGUUUUGGGCCCACCACCAAGUCCUGGAGAAAUGCAGCCUUUGAAUGUAAAGCAGAAGAUGAGGGUUUUGGAUGCUGAUGAAGGUAAGCGAGGGUCUAAUGCAUCUCAAUAUGACAAUGUUCCAGAAGGUGACACUGAGAAUGAGAAUCUUGUUGAAGAGAUGCUUGAGAGAGCUCAUCCCCAGAGCCCUAGGCACGUGACAUAUUCUAAUAGUCCAAGAAAGCAAAAUGAAAAGAUACCACCUCCAUUAAAAAUACCCAAUAAUUACACCUUCACUUCACAACCCAGACCUCCAAAAUAUCCAUCGCAAUCUGAUGGACCACCUCAUGGACUGAAUGUAAAACAGCCGCUGCCAUGUUAUAGUAAUCCGCCUACUUACCAUGGAAAUUCUCCAAAGCAUGUUCCCAAUAUAGGCAAUACAAGUUCUGUACCUCUCCAUUAUCAUGGGAACCGAACCAGCCCUUCUGGUAGGCCAUAUGGUCCUUUUGUGUCUGUAGAUUAUUCUCCAGAUAAACCACAAAUGAAUUCCUAUCCUGCCAGUCGCCAAAAUCCUCUUUCCUCAACCCCUGGUCAGAUAGAAGUAGCUCCUGUUGAUGCUUAUACCAGCAACUCAAGAUCCCCCACAGGUGUCAAAUUCAUAAUCCCUCCAGUGGAUUAUUUACCAGAAGAACGAAAGUGGCCAGAUGCAGCCUAUAUUUACAGACACGAACCCUACAGGCAGCCCUGGAGCCAAGAUGUUAACAAGGGCCACUUGGAUAAUUUCCAGAAAUAUCAGCAUUUUCAGCCAACACCUUUUCAAGACUAUGGUCUUCCUGCUGUUUCUGUGGAUGCUCCAAUAAGAUACAGGACUUCACCAACCUUUGAAGAGCACGGUUCGCCACAAUACCAAUAUCCAAACCCAGCAGCUCAAGCCCAACAUUAUCGAAAUCGAAAUGAUGGGUUGUCCAUGCAUGAGUCUGUGCUCCUCUGAGAAGCUGCCUGUGCUAGGCAAAAUGGCAAGAACCAAACGCAAGUUAACAUGACUGUGGUAGCAGUAAUCCACCUCAGUUCUGUGAAAUGCAGACAGUUCGUGUGACUCUCAAAAAUAACACUAUUUCAAAGGUGUUUCGGACUUUAAUUGAAGGCUUGUUGAGUUCUUAGACUUGCACCGGAGCUGUUGAAGGUGACCUGAUGCACACAGACAUAGCAAUAAGAUCAUACACAUGAUGUGGUUAAGACUGUCGUUGUUCCUAACAUUUAAAUAACUGGUGUUACGAUCUUUCUGCCUAAAAUCUGUAAUACAUUGACAAGUUUUAUGUUGACUGACUUUGUUAAUGCACUGUAUAGAUGUGUGUAUGUGCACAGGUGAGUGCACACUUAGAAUACACAAACACAUAGGGAAAAGAGCUAAAGAGUUUAAAUGUAAAUGCAUUUAACUUUGGGCAAAGCUUGUGAAGUACUUUUAUUUCAUAUUAAUUUUUCUGUGUAAUUUAUUUGAGAAGCCAUUCAUUUUGAAUGGCAAUUUCUGUCGUUUUUAUACAGCUGCCUCAGCAUCCCAGUGUCUGUUCUGGGCAGGAGAGAUGCUUUGGGAUUAUUAAUUUAAUCUUAUGUGAGAGUUAAUUUCUUCUCCUUUGACUACUGUUUGUCGUUUUCCUCCGCAAGAAGGAGCAGGCAGGCAAAAGCAGAAAGCCAAAAAAUGUCUCUGAUCUGGCUAAGAAAUGGUGCUUAGAAUUUGUGACAGUCUUUAGUUUUUCAGGUGCAUCGAGAGUGGGGAAUUUUUACCUUCUCACCUAAAUCUACCUUCAGAUUGUUGUUCUAUAUGGUGAGAGUAACGCCAGAUGCAGAAAUGGUGCUGCACCCAUCGCUUUUUGCUGUGCUGUCAAACUAAAUAAAAAGGGUAUCGGAGAACAAGCAGCUCCAUGACAUUUGUAAAAUACAGGCAGGAGUCUGAGAGUUGGUCGAAGCUUGAGAUUCUCCGAGCUGUCUGAGGAUGCAGUGCCCCUUCUCUUCAAUUUUGGCACGUUUUGCCCCUUUUUUACCCCAAAGAGCCGGUGUGUUCAUGCCCAUUACUGCGCAGGCGCUGCUGCGGAGAGACCGCGCCGUGUUUUACACUAGAAUGAUCCUGUUAAUAGGAAGCUUAGACUCCUGGUAAUGUAAUUCUUUUGUUUUAAUUGGUGUUUGCAGCCUUUUCUACUUCAUGUUUUCCUUUCCUUGACUGUGAAUCGCGGGUAUAAAUCUUUUAAAAGGCAGGUGAAGCGGCACAUGUAGGAUGCACCGAGCUCUUGUUGGAAGCAAUGGGAGCGGAGACAGACGAGGGGCUCGCCUGAAGAGGCCCUUGGAGUGCUUAGCAGAGAUUUUUCUAAUACUUAAGUACCAAACAUUGGUAUCAAGACCAUUUUUGUAUGGUUUGGAAGGUUGUCCUGUUAUCUUUUUGUUCCGUAAGGUUUCUUAACUGAAAACAUAGAAAUCGAUAAUUUUAUUUCCUUUAAAGAAUGAGCUUUAGUGCCUAUUACUGCUGCAGGUUGGCUCUGUAAGUUUUAAGGUACAGAAUUAAAACAAUUUUUACAAAUGGAAGUAACAUUUACGUAGUAUAUUUCAAAACCUUUUUUUUUUUGGUGUGUGUAUAUAAUGUGUCUGAUGUAAUUUUUAAUGAACUGGGCAAUUUUAUAUUUUAAAAAUGGCAAACUGCAGCGAAGUAACAGUAGCAAAGCACUACACUGAAACUCUGAACUAAAAUCGUGAAGGUAAAUAUGAUUUGGGCUUAACUUAGUUCUGAUUGCUUCCAGCAGCUUAGAAAUGUAUGUAUAUAAUAUUGUGGCUAAAUGUAAUAAUCUCAGUGUUUAAUGAUGGUUCUGUAAUUCAUAACUAAGUUGUACAAUUUAUUUGUGCAAGCAACGCAAGGCUCCAAAUAUGUAUCAGCAUUAGUAAAUACUGUAGAUUUUUAUAUAUAAAAUAUAUACACACUAUUUUCUUAUGUCAUCCGCAACAGUUUUAUAACUGUGUAUCCUAUUUUGAUGUGACUGUAUUUUUAACAUGUUAAAAUAAUAAUAAUUAAGCUUA